AUGGUGGAUGGGAAUGUGCAGAGUAUCAAACUGAGUGACACCUCCCUCAUCCGUGCGCUGAGUACCGCGCAGCCAGGUGGUUUUUGCGAGAUCUUCGGUUACAUCGCCAUUUGCAGCGAUCACAACCUCAGAAUUGACAUCAGUUGCAUUCAAGUUGCAGUUCUAGAUUUCAAACCAGAGAUUCGGGACUGGGCCAUAGGUAGCCAUAUCCAGAACUUGGAGAUCAACAUGGAUAUUGACUUCUCUACUGUGUUAUGA